AUCAACUAAAUCAUGCCACGGAUCGACCCAUUAAUUGACCCCGCAAAGUUCAUCAAGGAUUAACACAUUUCUUGUAGCAGACGCUUUAUUCCAGAGAAAUGGUAACUGAAGUGUUUGCUGAGAGAUAUAUGCGCUAUCUACGAGUGUGGAUUGGUUUUGUGGCUAUUAUGGCUUUAGGAAACACAGUCCAAUGCUUUGUAGAUCCACAAUUGUUAAAAUCUAAAUUAUAUACAGUCACUCCAAGCAAUGUGAAUGGACUGGUAGCUCGAUUAUUUGGUGUAUGGACUUUGUUGUCUGGUGUUUUAAGAUUUUAUUGUGCGGUUGAUAUUUAUAACAAAGCAUUAUACAACUUAACAUAUUUGUCCUUCUAUCUGGCAUUGGGACAUUUUAUAUCAGAGGUUUUAUUAUUUAAAUCAGCAGGAUUUACUGUAGGAGUUAUGGCACCAUUAUUAGUAUCAAGUUUAUCAAUUGCGACUAUGUCUAUAGGAUAUUUAUAUCUAGGUCGUCGCUCAUCCACGGAUACAUCCGAUGAAAAUAAAUCUCUAGCAGGAAAAUUACGGAGUGGAAAAUACAAGAGAAAAGAUUAAUCAGUAAUCAGUC